AUGGCGACCGACAACACCGAUCCGAUCCCUCCCCACAAGACGUUCGACACCAUCCUGGUGCUCGACUUCGGCUCGCAGUACACGCAUCUGAUCACUCGCCGUCUCCGCGAAUUCAACGUCUACUGUGAGAUGCUGCCAUGCACUACCAAGAUCGCCGAUCUGCCCUUCACCCCCAAGGGAGUCAUUCUCUCUGGUGGCCCGUACUCCGUCUACGAGGAAGGCGCUCCACACGUCGACCACGCUGUCUUCGAUCUCGGCGUACCGAUCCUCGGAAUAUGCUACGGACUGCAAGAGAUGGCGUGGCACUUCGGAAAGAACGCCGGUGUAGUCGCUGGCGAGAAGAGGGAAUACGGACACGCCAACUUGAAGGUUGAGAGCCACGGCGGACACAUGGACCAGCUGUUCAAGGACUUGGGCAACGACCUGGAGGUCUGGAUGAGCCACGGCGACAAGCUGAGCAACAUGCCUCAGGACUUCAUGACGGUCGCGACAACCACCAAUGCGCCGUUCGCGGGCAUUGCGCACAAGACGAAGAAGUACUACGGUAUCCAAUUCCACCCCGAGGUCACACACACCAAGCAGGGCAAGGUUGUGCUCAAGAACUUCGCUGUCGACAUCUGCGAGGCCAACACCAACUGGACCAUGAGCAAAUUCGUCGACCAGGAGAUCACACGCAUCAGGAAGCUGGUGGGCGACAAGGGACAGGUCAUCGGUGCCGUUAGCGGUGGAGUCGAUUCGACUGUCGCUGCAAAGCUGAUGAAGGAGGCUAUCGGCGACCGCUUCCACGCCGUCAUGGUCGACAACGGUGUCCUCCGACUCAACGAGGCCGUUCAGGUCAAGAAGACACUCGACGAGGGCCUGGGUAUCAACCUCACCGUCGUCGACGCGUCCGACCUCUUCCUCGACCGCCUGAAGGGUGUGACCGACGAUCCCGAGAAGAAGCGCAAGAUCAUUGGAAACACCUUCAUCGAGGUCUUCCAAAAGCAAGCCGAUAAGAUCAAGGCCGAAGCGCAUGAAUCUUCCAACGCUGGUGAGGUCGAGUGGCUUCUUCAGGGUACCCUGUACCCCGAUGUCAUCGAGUCGCUGUCCUUCAAGGGUCCUUCCCAAACUAUCAAGACCCACCACAACGUCGGUGGUCUGCCAAAGGACAUGAAGCUCAAGGUGAUUGAGCCCCUCCGCGAGUUGUUCAAGGACGAAGUCCGCGCGCUGGGCAAAGAGCUUGGUAUUCCGGAGGAUCUUGUUUGGCGCCACCCCUUCCCCGGCCCAGGAAUCGCCAUCCGCAUCCUGGGUGAGGUCACACGCGAGCAAGUUCGUAUUGCACGUGAAGCGGACUACAUCUUCAUCGAGGAGAUCCGGGCUGCAGGCCUAUACAACAAGAUCAGCCAGGCGUUUGCAGCGCUUAUGCCCGUUAGGGCCGUGGGUGUCAUGGGUGACAAGCGCGUUCACGAGCAGGUUAUUGCUCUGAGGGCAGUUGAGACGAGUGAUUUCAUGACGGCUGAUUGGUUCCCCUUCGAUGGAGAGUUCCUAAAGCGGGUUAGCAGGAGGAUCGUGAAUGAGGUGAACGGAGUUUGCCGCGUGGUAUACGACAUCACCAGCAAGCCUCCGGGAACUAUCGAGAUGGAGUAG